AUGUGCUACAUCACGUCCCUCCUCUACACCGUCUGCCUACACAGCAGCGCAGCCACGCGCAACGACUUCUGCGUCAAGGGCAAGUGCAAGCCGCGCAAGCAGCGCACCGAGCUCAAACCCGGAUGGUGCCCGCAGUGCAAGGCCUCGCUGUCCGGCGGGCAGUUGUUUGCCGCCCGGCCCGGCGACCUGGCCGCGCCGUCGACCAUCUGGCGGUACUGGCUGUGGGUGAGCCGGCAGCAACCAGCGCCGAGCCUGGCCGGGCCCGUUAAAGAGCACAUGAUUGCCGACGUCGACCGCGCUGAGAUCAACCAUGCGACGAGCGCGGCGGCGGAUAGGGAGUGGGCGGCGCGGAUGAUGGGCAAGAUUCGCGGCGGGGGCGCGGAGGCGGUGAGGGUGCGUAAGAAGGAGUGGGUGAAUGACGGGAGGGAGAAGAAGCUUAGGGAGGCGGUUGAACAGGCACAGUAUGUUACAAUGAGGUGGGCGCAGGGGCUGGCCCUGGUAUAG